CCUCGAAUGCACCACUAGCGCUCCACAGAUGGAGGCUGGGCUAGCGGCUGCUUGGCGACCAGCUGCUCGGUGACUGCUCCCCCGGCGAGGGGUGGUCGGGGUUGUCGGGGUUGGGCUCCGAGCUUUUCGGCGUCAACGGGUGAGGCGUCGCCCCGGUCCCAGCUCGAAUGUGACCCGGGGUGGGACGUCAUUACAUCGUCGCCUCGGCGAGCGUGAGGCUAGGCUAACAGCAGGUGGCUAGCUCAGCUGUUUAUAAUUAGUGUCACCGUUUAUCGUGUAAUCUCAAUUUCCUCGUAUUAGCACAAAAUUGUUUUAAAAAAAAGCCAUAGUUCGCUUUAAAUCAGUUAAAAAAAAGAAAAAGCAAACAGCGAUGUUGGCAAUUAAGUGACUGUUUGCUACACUGAUGCGAGCACUGCGCAUAAUGAGCGAUUAUUAUGGGAUGGCUCAGCCUGGUCUCCACUGGCAAGUUUACGGCGAGGACGGGCAGGGCGACCGGAUGUCCUCUCCCUCUCCACUUCCGUCCCCGGAGUUGCUGGAGGAGGACGCUUCCGGAAGCGUCCCUCCGCCGGAUUCCACUCGCGGCACGGCGGCGGAGAGCGACUCGUGCGCCCAAGCGGACGAGCCCGUCUCCGGGGAGUCGGAGACGAAUGGCCCCCGCGCGGACCCGCAGCCUCCUCCCGGCAACAACCCGAGCCAGGACGGGGUCAAGCCCGCGAAGAAGAGGAGGCCGAUCAGGGUGGACACGUCCAAAGCCAAAACCUCACUGGAGGCGGUGAAAAUCAGCAUCAAGCAGCUCAAGUGGAAAGAGUUCCCGCUGGGGCGACGAGCGCCAUGCGACAUCUACUGGCACGGCGUUUCCUUCCACGACAAUGACAACAUUGUGUCAGGCCAGGUGAACAAGUUCCCAGGAAUGGUGGAAAUGUCGCGUAAGAUCAACCUGAGCCGAUCAGUGAGGAAUAUGCAAGAGCUGUUCCCCGAGGAGUACGACUUCUACCCGCAGUCCUGGAUCCUUCCUGAGGAGUACCAGCAGUUCUCCACGCAGCUCCUCAUGGCGAAGGAGAGCGGCGACGCGGUCCACCCCACCUUCAUCGUCAAGCCCGACAGCGGUUCCCAGGGCGAGGGCAUCUACCUCAUCCGCGACCUCGCCGAGCUGCGGCUGACGGAGGGCCCUCAGGCCAAGCAGGUGGUGGUGCAGGAGUACAUCCACAAGCCGCUGCUCGUCGACAAGCUCAAGUUCGACAUCCGCCUCUACGUGCUACUCAAGUCGCUGGAGCCGCUGGAGAUCUACAUCGCCAAGGAGGGUCUUACACGCUUUUGCACUGAGCCUUACCAGGAGCCGAGCCAAAAGAACCUGGGCCAGGUCUUCAUGCACCUGACCAACUACUCCCUCAACGUCCACAGCGACAACUUCAUCCACUCGGACAGUCAGAGCACGGGCAGCAAGCGAACGCUCUCCAGCGUGCUGCACCGGCUGGCCGACAAGGGGGUGGACACCAAGCGCGUGUGGUCGGACAUCAUCGCUCUGGUCAUCAAGACCGUCAUCGCCGUGGUGCCUGAGUUGAAAGUCUACUAUCAGGCCGACAUCCCGCCUGGGAAGCCUGGACCUACAUGCUUCCAGAUCUUAGGUUUCGACAUCCUCCUGAUGAAGAACCUGAAGCCCGUCCUGCUGGAGGUCAACUCCAACCCCAGCAUGAGAAUAGAGCACGAGCAGGAGGUGGCGCCGGGAGUCUUCGAGUGUGUUCACAGCCCAGUGGACGAGGAGGUCAAAGUGGGCGUGAUCAGGGACACUUUGCGCCUGGUGGACCCUUGCGGCAGGAAAACAUCUCUUUCACAUUUGAAGGCCGCCGGGGAUGAGGCUCUCGCUGAAAUCCAGGACAGGAAGCAGCAGGAAGGCGGCGCCAUGCCCUCGCCGUGUCUCAAGCAGGUCUACCCAAAGUACAACCGGCAGUUCAAUUACCUGCGACUGGUGGAGAGGAUCGCCGCCCUCUUCAUCCGCUUCCUGGGGGUCAAAGGCAACAUGCGCUUAGGCCCCACCGCCUUCCGGACGUUCAUCAGGAACUGCAAGCUCAGCAGCUGCAACUUCAGCAUGGCGUCCGUGGACAUCCUCUACAUCGACAUCGCACGCCGCUGGUCCGGAGGUUUCCCCGACUAUCGGGAAGCAGGUAUGGGCCUGCAGGCUUUCGUGGAGGCCUUCUUCUACCUGGCGGCGCGCAGGUUCAAGUCCCAGUUGCCGAAGGAUCAGACUCUGUCGCUGCUGGAGCUCUGCGAGGCUCGACUGGAGUCCCAGGCGGGCGUGGAGGAGCGGCGCUCGCUCAGCUGCAGCAGGUCCACGUCCACGUCGCGGGGCGUGAAGAACCCCAGCCCCGCCUACCCCAGGCUGACCUCACCGGCCGCCCCGCGCAGGGCCUCCAGCCAGGACUACCGGCUGCAUCCGAGACGAAAGCCUCGCAUGCUCAGGUCCAACGUGGAGAACUGAGGCGGCGAUGGCGAGCGUUUACAUUCGGUUUGAAGGCGUGAGAAGGUUAGUGCUGGCAUUUUGAACAAUAAUGAAGAAUGUGCUUGCAGAUCCGACAAGGCAGCUUUGCUUACCUUUGCCUGGCAACUCAUAGUGUGGCUGCUUUUACUACUGCUGACCAGGAGAUACACGGUACUAUAUUAUUACUAUUAUUAUUAUUAUUAUUAUGUUUAAUAUUUAAUUGUUGAUCCUGAGGAGACACUUUGCACAGAAAUGCAUGCAAAUUUUCUUUUUUUUUUUAACUCCAUUGAUGAGUUCCAUGAACAUGACAGACGUGUCGCAGGUCGAACACGCACACAAAAUAAUAACAAUAUUUGACUUUGCCAGUCGUCUGUCACUCUACACAACUAAUGAUGUCUGCGUGAUGUAAGAGAUGGUCAUUAAAAUGUGCGGGCAGCCGUCUUCCUUAGAGUAGAUGAAGUUGCUGAGAAGUCAUGUUUGCUAAAUAAAUGAUGAAUUAGCAAAACUG